UUGUAAUCGCUCUUCCCGGCAAUUUUUUUUUUUUGCAAUUUAGAUUGCAUUUAAAGUGUCAAAAAGCGAGAGUAAGUGAAGAAACAUUAGUUGAGAAGAGUGAGAAUGCUUUUCGAUCGGUUUCCAACUCCAACUGAAAAGUAUUAUUGAUUGACUCAGAAAACGUAAAUCAUUUUUAUUAACAUGGGAUCCUUAGUCAGAAAAAGGUUGUUCUUUUUGGUUAAUUCAGCAACUCGGAAUCACAAACCAGUUGUAAAACGUUCCCAACAUAGAGUUGCUGUCAAUUCUACAACAGAGUCGAGCCAGCUUUCAAACGAUGUUGUGCCUGUUUUUAAACAAGCAACACAAUUCGGCGACAAACCGGCCUUACAUGAUAUGCACGGCGAUUACACAUAUCGAGGUAUCUUCCUAAGUGCGAGACAAUUUGCUAACGAAUUAACGAAACUGCUUGGUGGAACUCAACAAGAACGCGUGGCUUUUCUACUGCCAAAUGAUGCAUCCUAUGUUAUUGUACAAUGGGCCUGUUGGAUAAGUGGUCAAAUAGCUGUACCAUUAAGCGAUCAACAUCCAGCAUCUGUUCUCGAUUAUUACAUCAACGAUGCUGAUGCAAGAGUUGUAGUCACCACUUUGGAACAUUUGCCACUAAUGGAAUCACUUCUUGCAAAUUCCAAAAAACGUUUAGUAGUUUUUGAGGAUACUCUGCGCUUAUUAGCAAUGAAAGCCGAUGGAAAGAUGGCAAACAAUAGACUUUUCGAACACGAGUUUGAAAAUUCCCCUGAGGCUGGCGUUAAGGGAGAUUUUUAUAAUAACAGCGAUGCUAUGUUUAUUUACACCUCAGGAACAACUAGUAAACCAAAAGGUGUGGUACUAAGUCAUAAAAAUCUACAAGCCCAAAUCAAUGCUUUGGUCAGCGCUUGGAAAUACGACAGCAAAGAUAUCAUUCUACACGCGUUGCCUCUAAAUCACGUUCAUGGAGUCAUGAAUCUUCUUUUAUGUCCAAUGUAUGUUGGCGCGCGUUGUAUUAUGUUACCAAAGUUUGAGACGUCUAGUGUUUGGAGUCAACUGCUAGCCGUUAAUUUACAAAAUUCCGAAAGAUCGAACGUUUUCAUGGCAGUUCCCACUAUCUAUAUGAAAUUGAUUCACGAGUAUGACCAACUUUUUAGUAAACAACCUAAAAUAAAGGAAUAUAUCUACACUGUAUGUAGUACAAAGAUUAGGUUAAUGGUCAGUGGAUCUGCGCCUUUGCCUAAACCGAUUUUUGAUAGAUGGGAGGAAAUCACGGGACACCGAUUACUGGAAAGGUAUGGAAUGACUGAAACGGGGAUGGUUUUGACGAAUCCUUUGGAAGGUGAACGUAUUCCAGGAACUGUUGGGAACCCUUUUCCAAGCGUGGAAGUUCGAAUAACGAAACCUGAAUCACAAGGAGGUAAUGACACCUCAGUUUUAGUCUACGGAACGUCAAAGAAAACCCACGUAGUUACGAAAUCUCAAGAACCCAUUUCUGGAGACUUGCAGGUCAAGGGUGACAGUGUUUUCAAAAAGUACUGGAACAAGCCUGAUGUGACUGCAAAAUCAUUCACAAGCGAUGGAUGGUUCAAAACUGGGGACACUGCUCAGUACGAAAAUGGAGUAUACAAAAUCCUCGGCCGGACUUCUGUGGAUAUCAUAAAAACUGGAGGCUACAAAGUCAGUGCCUUGGAAGUAGAAACAGCACUUUUAGGACACUCCGAUAUCAUUGAUUGUGCAGUUGUGGGGGUUCCGGACACGACGUGGGGUCAAAAAGUUGCAGCCAUCAUUGUAUUAAGACCAGGUACUGAAGUGAUUUUGUCCCAGUUGCGAACUUUCGGCAAAAAAUCACUGCCGGAAUACGCAGUGCCUACUAUUUUGAAAGUAGUUGACAAAAUUCCUAAAAACAGCAUGGGGAAAGUAAACAAGCCCGACAUUUUGAAAACUUUCUUUGUUGAAAACCAAAAAUGAUACUUGUACACUGAGAAAGGACUACGGCCAAUUGUUUUGUAACGUGUGACUAUAUCAUUCUCGUACUAAUUAAAUACAACACGAUGUAUGCAGGGAGAUAAUCGUAAGUCAUCCGAAAUCCAUUUUCUGAAUAUCAUGAUUGCAUUUAUAGCGACGUCGAUGACUGAAACCAUGAAAAAAAACAAGGUAACAACGACUUUAUUCUUGAAAUAUUAUUCAUGGAUUCCGUUGCUUAAUGAACUAAUAAGAGUUCUUGCACAAAAGAAAGUCACGAAAUGUUUUAUAUCCGUUACUGAUAUCAUAGAAUUUCGAAAUUAAGUCGAAAAAAAUGUUACUUCGUUUUAUUUGUAACCCGAAAAUGCGCGACGUAAUUGGAUUCGACAUACUCACAUUUUUCCAGGUCCUUUUUACAAUGGCGAUAUAUACAAAAUCUUACGAAAAUCUAACUGAUAACAACGACCCUGCAGAGUAGAUAAAAGCUGAGAAGUUUCUCUUGAGGUUUAUAUACUUCUUUAUUUUUUUUACUUUCAUUUCAAUCAAAAAUAUUCACGCGUCGAAGGAACCAAGUAACCUCUCUGAAACUUCUUAAAAAUAUAGCAUACAACGCUUUAUUUGUGAUUUUGUUAAAUUAAUAUUAAUUAUUACCUAUAAGCGAUUAUUUUUUUAAGUAUUUCAACCGUGGUUUAAAAAAAUGGAUUUUGUUCGAUAAAAACUAAAAAUAGUAAAAUUAGUGAACAAUGUAAAUCAAGUAUUUAUAUCAUGUUUAUUUAAUUUGGAAAUGUUUUUUGGAUACUUUUUUUCUUGCGCAUCAGCCACUUUAAUUUUCAUAUGGUGAUAGAUAAAAAUGGGCUUACUCGUUCAAAAUUAUUAAGUUAAUGGUUGUGAAAUGCUAAUUAGAAAUAAUUCUUCAAGAACUGAGAAAAUAUUCAUGUAAUUGGGUUUUCUAAAUGUGUUUCUAGUUUGAUUGAAAAUGAAUUCUCUGAGCAUUGGUUGAAUUAUCUUCCAUUUCUUAUAUUUAUAGACUAUAGAAAAUUAAAUUAAAAUCUCAGUGUAUUUCAAAUUCAUACCGGGAUUCAAAACAUAUUUCUUGUCCUGGCGCUUAUUGAGUUUUGAAAGAUUUCAAGCACUGAUUUUGAUACCGAUUUAAUUUUCUCGUUUUGUUCAUAUGAAUAUGAAUAUUUUGAAUAAAGAUCAAUCAACUGCAAUUAAGGAAGUGAGAGAAUAGAAAUUAUGAAACACAGUUUUACAUAACUCAUCAUGAAAUUCCCGUCUAGCUAUCUUUUCUCUUUCUUUUUCUUAUCAAAUGUUUAAAAAAAAACGGAAAACAAGUAUUACUAUUUGAAGGCAUAUUUUGAAGAAUUACGUAAUCUUUAAAUACGGAAGUUAUUUUCAAGAUUUCUUGAAUCAAAAUGUAUUUUUCAAUUUGUAAGAAUUUCGAAGUAACUAACAAAUAAUUCGGGUAUUUAUAUUUAAAUAAAUAGAUAUUUAUUGUGAAAAUUCCUACGUGAAGCAAAUAUGUAUCUCACAUGAGAGUUUCUACAUUUAUUAUUGAUUACAGUCUCUGUAUCAUAAAAGUAGGCAGGUGUCUCACGGAUCAAUAAAUUAUGCAUAUUUAUUGCAA